CCGAGAAAUCUGGGGCUGUUCCUGAGAAAUCUGGGGCUGUUCCUGAGAAAUCUGGGACUGUUCCCGAGGGAUCCAGGGUCGUUCCCGAGGGAUCCGGGAUCGUUUCAGGGGGAUCUGGGGUCAUUCCCAAGGAAUCUGGGACAAUUCCCGAGGGAUCUGGGGCCGUUCCCGACGAAUCCAGAGUCAUCCCUGAAGGAUCCGCGACGGUUCCUGACGGAUCCGGCGCCGUUUCCAACGGAUCUGGGACAAUUCCUGACGGAUCCAGAGCUGCUCCAAAUGAAUCCGGAGCCGAUCCCGAUGGAUCUGGGGCUGUUCCUGAUGGAUCCAGGAUUCCUGACAGAUCUGAGGCUGUUCCUGAUGGAUCCAGGAUUCCUGACGACACAUCCAGGAUUGUUCCUGAUGGGUCCAGCACCGUUCCCGACGGAUCUGGGAUUGUUCCCGAGGGAUCUGGGAUUAUUUCUGGCAGAUCUGGGGCUGUUCCCGAUGGAUUUGGAGCCAUUCCCGACAUAUCUGGGGCUGUUCCUGACGGAUUUGGAGCCGUUCCUGAUGGAUCCAAAGUUGUUCCCGACGGAUCUGGGGCCGUUCCCGACGGAUCUGGGGCCGUUCCCGACGGAUCUGGGGCCGUUCCCGACGGAUCUGGGGCCGUUCCCGACGGAUCUGGGGCCGUUCCCGAUGGAUUUGGAGCCGUUCCCGAGCUCCCACGCGCGGCUCCGGCCCCGAUUCCCGAACUGUCGCCGUCCCCCCGGGCUCAAGGCGGAUCCGGGGCAAUUCCCUGUGGGAGCCCUUCCCGGGAUUCCUCCCUUCCCAACGGGCUCAAGGCCGAUUUCGCUCGGGCGCUGCCGGAGCCGGGCCCGGAGGGCGACGGGAAAUCGGGAACGCGCGCGGCCGAGCACGAGCUGAGCUGCUCCCGGGACGAGCAGGGGCUGC